AUGGAUUACAAGACACGUCGGCGUUACACGACCGUUGCGGACGUACAUAGCACCAACAACGAUUAUCCUCACGACAUUCAGAUGUACGAUGUGUCGCCAGUAGGUGAAAUGUCGCUGGAGGAAUUUCAAGAGCUAGGAUUUGACAGGUUGAAAGCAUUACGGUUGAUAGAAACGAUGAAUUGCAGAAGUGAUCUGAAAACGCUGGAGGAUCGCAAGAAAGCCCUCUGCGAUUCCCUGAAAUCCGAUGGACUGAAGUACUAUGCAAAUCUCUUGUACGCUGAUGGAUCCAAUCCACAAUCAGAAGAGCAUUCACAGACUAGAAAGAAGGAUCAUAUUUCACACUUUAUUUUAAGAUUAGUGUACUGCCAUAAUGACGAGCAAGCCAAGUGGUUUAUUAAUCAGGAAGUUGAAUUUUUCAAAUUGAGAUUUAGCUCGUUAGAUAAGAAGGGCAUUGAGUAUCUAUUGAAUAUCAGCAACUUGGAUUGCAUACCUAUUUCACAAGAUGAAAAGUUUGAGGUGAAAGAAGAACUUAGCUGGUCUUCUGGGAAAGUUACAAAUAUUGACAUCACUGACAUUUAUAAAGUGCCUUUCGAUAAAGUUCUUGAUUUGAUCAAAGGACGUAAAGUAUACCUCAAAGCAGGGAUGGCAUAUAUCACUCAUAUGGAUCUAAGUUCUGUGUUUGUCUCAUAUUUUAGACAACAUCUAGCUGCAGGAUUAGAGACUGCAAAAAUUAUGUAUGACAAUAUAUCGGACGACGAAAGAUUGACUAAAUACUUAACGGGUCUUCCUUCAGCUUUCUCUGGAAUGACGCGUGUCGUGUGGUCAACUACAGCCACACCCAUCGAUAAACUGAAUGAUUUAGCAAAAUCAUCAUAUCCGUUAUGUAUGAGAACACUUCACGAAGCACUGCUCACCAACAACCAUUUAAAGAAUUCAGGACGCAUGCAGUAUGGGUUAUUCUUGAAAGGUCUAGGUGUCACUUUAGAAGAUGCUCUUCGUUUUUGGAGAGAUGCCUUUUCAAAAAAGUAUGACGGGGUUGCAUUUGAGAAAAAAUAUGCAUACUCUAUUAGGCAUUACUUUGGUAAAGAGGGAAAGCAAACGAAUUACACUCCAUUCGGUUGUUCAAAGAUUAUAUCCAGCUCUGUCGGACCUGGAGAAUAUCAUGGAUGUCCUUUCAGACAUAUGGAUCGCGAUUCGCUUUGCCAAAAGUUAACCAGUUACGGCAUAUUUGCCUCUAAUAUGACCGAGAUAUUAGACUUAGCCAAGGAUGGACAAUAUCACUUAGCAUGUGCCAAGUAUUUUGAAGUUAUGCAUAAAAAACCAGCAAGCAAGCCACUUCUGCAUCCAAAUGCAUACUAUGCUGAAAGUCGUGCAAUUUUAACCGAAGACGAGAGUAGUAAAGAUGUAGAAAACAAAGAGAAAUUUUCUCAAAGUACGGUUGGUACUCCCGGAAGCUUGUCUUCAAGAAGAAGCGAUAAAUAUCCUACACCUUCUAGAAAUACAGAGUUUACUGGAACGCCAAAGAGAAAUGAUAGAUAUGCUACACCUACCAGAAGUGCAGACACAAUCGGUACACCUUUAAUAAAAGACCACAAACUAAAUUAUCGAACGCCUUCGAAAAAAAGUAAAAUGACACCAGUAAACAUUGCGGAAAUGCUGGACGAUGAUGAUUUUACAGAAUUUAUGGAUGUAGACAUGAAUCAGAGUUAGCAAAUAGCGGUUUGUCUUUUUGUAUUAUAUAAAUCUAUUUAUAUUUCUUGGAUUUUAUUCACAAAAUGUCUUCAAAUAUAUAUUAUUUUUAUUCCUAUUUA